AACUCUCCAACUCUACGCUCCUCAACCCAACUACCUAUUCUUCUUCUUCAUCAUCAUCAUCAAACAAUCAAACUAUUCUGUCCGUACUAAAAACAAACAAAAUUCUCAACUCACUCAAUUCCCCUUUCCUAUAACAUAACCCUUCCCUUCCAAUAUCAUCAUCAUCAUCAUUAUUCUUAUUAUUUACUAUUUUAUUUUUUACUCUCUCUCUCCCCCCUUCCACCCACCGACGGCCUCCCUCUUCACUCUUCUCAUUCUCUCUCCCCUGCUAUCCGACGACACACUCCCUGCUGGCAUACCCCAGAAACCAUUACAAUUUCUAAAUUAACUAUUCAACAAAGAUUCCCUCUUCUUCCUCCUUUCCCCCCCCCAAACCCUAAUUUCAUUUCACUUCUCUCCAAUCAACCAUGCUUUAACCCAAUUCCUCUUCCUUGAUUCUUUUUCAUCUUUAUCAACCUCUAUUUCUCUCCCAUGGGUUGUGCCACUUCCAAGCUUGAUGAUUCGCCCGCCGUGCUUCUAUGCCGUGACCGCUGCGCUUUCCUCGACGAAGCCCUCAAACAACGCUUUGCUUUUGCUGAAGCCCAUCUUGGCUAUCUUCACUCUCUCAAAGCCGUCGGCCUUUCAUUAGACCGUUUUUUCAAUCAAGAUCUCCAACCUUCCCCAGACGCCCCACCCUCCCCUCUUCUCAACCUCCCCCCUCAGAGGAAAGGGGACCCCAGUCCACCCCAACCCUCCGAUUCCCCGCCCGACAAAAUUCAACACCACCUCCACUCCCAUUCCCGCUCCAACUCUCACUCCGAUUCCGGUUCGCAUCUUCACUUUCACUCCGACGACUCCGAGGAUGAACAUGGCUCCGAUUCGGAGUCCCUGCAUCAUCAUCACCUCAGCUCUCCGCUCCACCACCAGAACCUCCCCUACGGCGUCUAUUUGGCGGAUUACGACAAUCUCAAUCUAAAUCUUCCUGGACCAGGCACCGGGGGUUUUAUGAAUAUCAAUUAUAUGAAAAAUCAAACGACGCCGUCCCUGGUGUACACACAACGCCCCAUGAGUCCAGAAACUAUGCAUAUGGGUGAAUCUUCGGCUCCCUCCUCUUCUUCUUCCUACUAUCCUUAUUCUAGUAAUAAUCUGAACCCAAACCCAUCUUAUCCUUUUUACAAUUUUAAUAACAAUUAUAAUGGUUAUCCACCUUAUCCCAAUUAUGGUUCUGGAGGUGGAUUUUUUGGUGCCUCUUCUUCCCCACCUGCACCCUACGGCGCUGGGUUUUCAUCAUCCGCCGCGGUGGCUUCCACUUCCAAAGCGCCGCCGCCUCCGCCCUCUCCUCCUAGCUCCUCGGCCUGGGAUUUCUUGAAUCCAUUUGAGACCUUUGAGAGAUACUAUCCGCCUUAUACUCCAAGCCGUGACUCGAGGGAAGUGAGAGAGGAAGAGGGCAUCCCGGAUUUAGAGGAUGAGGAGGAUGAGGUGGUCAAGGAAGUUCAUGGGGAUCAGAAAUUUGUGGAUAGCGGAAGAAGCAGUUACUCCAAGCCGGGGGUUUCUGAAGAGGAUUCUAGAGUUGUCAAUGAUGCGGAUUUACAGUAUAGGGCAAGGCCCAGCGUAGGUAUGGAAAGUGACCCAGUGGAGUAUGAGGUGCAUAUGGUGGAUAAAAAGGUUGUUGAUGCUGACGAGAAGUCAAAGGAUCGGGGCAAUGCAGCUGGAUUUAAGCCGCGUGGUGGCUUCAAGGGCGAUUCGGAAGUUGUGAGAGAGAUUCAAGUUCAGUUUGAGCGUGCUUCAGAGUCUGGAAAUGAGCUUGCUAAGUUUCUUGAGGUCGGAAAGAUUCCAUAUAAACGAAAACAUGGUGGCCACCAUGUUUCUUCCAAGAUACUGCACCUACCAGUGAUGUCCUCACAACCUUCAACUUCUAAAAGCUCUGAUGGUGCUGAUCCUGCCUUGUUGGAUGAUGACCAAGAAGUGCUGCUGAGGUCUAGAAGUCUUUCUUCCACUUUACAUAAGCUGUACCUCUGGGAGAAAAAACUGUACGAAGAAGUCAAGGUUGAGGAAAAAAUGAGAGUCCUUCAUGAGCAAAAGUCUAGAAAAUUGAAGCGUUUGGAUGAAAAGGGUGCCGAACCUCAGAAAAUUGAUGCAACGAGGACUUUGGUGAGGAGUCUCUCAACAAAAAUUAGAAUUGCAAUUCAGGUAGUUGAUAAGAUCUCAGUGAAGAUAAAUAACUUGAGGGAUGAGGAACUGUGGCCACAGCUCAAUGAGUUCAUUCAGGGGUUGACUAGAAUGUGGAAGUCCAUGCUUGAGUGCCAUCAUAAUCAGUGUGAAGCAAUUGGAGAAGCCAAACGUUUGGACGCCAUUGCAUUCAGAAAGCACUUUAGUGAUGGUCAUUUUGAAGCCACUCGGCAGCUGGAACACGAUCUUAUUAAUUGGACCCUGAGGUUCUCUUAUUGGGUUGCUGCACAAAAGGGUUAUGUCCGAGCAUUGAACAACUGGCUUAUGAAAUGUCUCCUCUAUGUUCCUGAAGAAACACCUGAUGGGAUAGUCCCGUUUUCCCCUGGUAGGAUUGGUGCUCCCCCAGUGUUUGUUGUCUGUAAUCAGUGGUGGCAAUCUCUGGAGAGAAUAUCUGAAAAGGAAGUGGUUGAUUCUAUGCGAGAUUUCGCAUCAAAUGUCCUUCAGCUAUGGGACCGGGAUAAAGCAGAAAUGCGCCAAAGGAUGUUGGCAAACAAGGAUGACAGGAAAAUUAAGAGCCUGGACAAAGAAGACCAGAAGAUACAAAAGGAGAUUCAGGCAUUAGACAAAAGGAUGGUCCUAAUUUCUGCAGACAGCAAUGGUAUGCCAUUAACCGGACAUGUUGUGUAUCAGAGUGAGACCACCAAGGGGGGGAGUCUGCAGGCAAGCCUGCAACAUGUUCUUGAGGCUAUGGAGAGGUUUACUGCUAACUCACUGAAAGUUUAUGAGGAGCUGCUGCAACGAAUUGAAGAGGACCAUCUCAUCCGCGAGGAAGAAAAAGUUGCUUAGUGUGUGAUGUUUGAUAAAAACUGUCAUUUGCAUCCGCUGCCAGAGCUGGGUCAGUCCUGAUAAAAGAUCAGUUUCAAGUCAUUUUUGGACUAAUCAAAUGGGAAUGAGAGACAUUAUUAUUUUAUGCUUUCUUUUCCUUCGUGCUCUUGUUGGCUUUUCCCUUUUGUCGAGAAGUUGGGAAAGGAAGUCCGUGCUGGAUUUAUCCAGUAGGUGUUGUCGCCAUUUGCUUUUAUGCCCAGAAGAUGUGGGUUCUGACCACAGAAAACUAAUGCGCCUGGGGAACAUGAUACUAGUUGGCAUCAUCAUUGAUCAUUGAAUUGUCAAAAGAUUACUGAAGAGACACUGCAGGAGAAAGGUUAAUACAGGUGGCGUGAUGUAAAAUGAAUUGAGAAUUCUUGGAGUAUGAAAUGUGAUAAAUGUGAUGCUGCUUCUGUUAGCUCAUGGGAUGCUAGUACGAUUCGGCUAAUAGGUGUGUUCACAUCUGCUGCUCGAAACAGAUGAAGAUAAGUGUGGGCUGUAAAUAAACGACUUACGAGCAUGUUUUGUAGUCCUGUGGUGGUAAUAUUCUGUGAAGCUAAUGGUCUAGCUAGGCUGCACGGGACCAUUUUUAUUGCGGGCAUCUUAUGAAUGAAUGGAGAAGCAAGUCUGCUGUGUGCCAAAGUCUGAUGUGCAAUUGCUAAGCUGAGCCGGGAAGAGAAUGUUAUGAGCUUGAUAUCAUGAGAAGCAGGCAAGAGGAGAGAAGCCUUCCUUUGUAAGAAAAAGCUGUGUAUCUCCUUGGGCAUAAACAACGCAUGUAAGUUAUCAGAAAGUAGGUUAUUGUAUAAAAAGUAGAAGCUCCAUACAUUAGUUGUUUUCUUUUCUUUUUUAUGGAAAUUUCUGUACAGUAUUAUUUGGAUAUUAAUCAAUCAAUUAAUGAA